CGUCUCACCAACACUAUCUUGCUCAGUGGUCCCAACAGCACCGGAAAGACGGCCGCGGUUUAUGCGUGUGCCGCCGAACUUGGCUGGGAGAUCUUCGAAGUUUAUCCAGGGGUAGGUAAACGCAGUGGGGCAAAUCUCGACAACCUCGUAGGAGAAGUGGGUAAAAAUCACCUUGUGCGAAAGACGCAACUUCAAAAUGAAAACUCAGGAACGAACCCUAAGCUUAAUGGCACACAACAUGAGGAGCAUGAAGCUGCAGCCCGGCAAUCCUUGAUCCUCCUAGAAGAAGUGGAUGUCUUGUUCAAAGAAGAUGUGAACUUCUGGGGCUCUAUAAUCAGUUUAAUCAAAGACUGUAAACGGCCUGUGAUAUUGACAUGCAAUGAUGCCUCUCUGGUGCCUGUGGCAGAGCUUCCUUUGCAAGAUGUGCUGAAUUUUCAGCUCUGUUCCACAAGUGUUGCUACUUCGUUCUUACAGGCAUUGUGCUGCGCUGAGGGAUACCUAUUGGAUCGUGAAGUAUUAUCACGAUUUUAUGAGAGCCCUAACUCAUCCGGGCUGGAUUACCCUCGUCUGGAUCUCCGUCGAGCCAUUCACAAUCUCCAGCUAUGG